AUGACUGAUAAUUACCAAAUGCUCCAUAAGUCUGCUGCCAGUACAUUCUCUAUCUGGGAUGCAGCCGAAAUAUUCGAAUACGCCACUUCUAGAUUCACCGUAAUCCAUAUCCUACUAGCAAAAGAUAAGAAUCACCACGCUAACGCGUAUAAGUACAUGUUCGUGAAACACAUCAUCUGGGAAGCGGAGUGCUUUGUAUUUCCCUUCGUCAACAUUUGUGCCGCCAUGAACAUCAACACGACCAUGCCGGCAUAUCUGAAUGAGAUCCUCUUUCUCAUUACAUCUUAUCAGACUGAGUGGUACUACGAUCACGUGAGACUCUUCAACGCAUUCAAGGCAUGCCCACACGAGUCGACAACGGAUCCGAUCGACAUUAAGCGGGUGGUCCCCAACUAUCGCCACGCUUGGUGGAGGUACCGGUUUGACCUUGUGUCAUUUGACAUGCCUCUUCAGAUGUCAGUUGCGCAAGUGAAGGAGCUGGUGGCCGAGCACUUUACUCAGCGGUGGCUCAAAAAAGUGUCCCAAUGUUUGUAG